AUGAACACCAUCACGCCCUGCGCCGCCUGCAAGCUCUUAAGAAGGCGAUGCGCGCAUGAGUGUCCAUUCUCGCCGUACUUCUCCCCUCUCGAACCCCAGAAAUUCUCGGCAGUCCACAAGGUCUUCGGUGCAAGCAACGUCUCCAAGAUGCUCAUGGUAAGCCUAGUCCUACUUCUAUUGCUCAUAGUUCCAGUCUCUUUGUGAUCAUCCAUCAAUCUGUUGUGGGUUGCCGACGUCGUCGUGUGUGACUCGCUCACCAACGCUGGAAGUAGGAGGUCCCAGAACCGCAGAGAGCAGACGCGGCAAAUAGUCUCGUCUAUGAAGCGAACAUUAGGCUGAGGGAUCCCAUUUACGGGUGCAUGGGAGCGAUAUCGGCCCUGCAGCAGCAAGUUCAGGCGUUGGAAGAGGAGCUCCAGGCUUUGAGAGCCGAGAUAUUGAAGCAGAAAUAUAGGCAAAACAGCGAAAGCAUCAUGCCUCCCACGCCCCAUUCUGGGAUCUCGUCCACCGGUGUAGUGUCUGUGGCAGUGCCACCGCCUAUUCCGACGCCAUCCCCCCCACCUCAUGCACCUUCCACCUCUUCCUCCUCGAUGUACACCCCUCCCUCAUGCUCUACUGACUACAGCUCCAUUACUAACGAGAAUGCUCCAUACUAUGGUUAA